GUAGUAGUUUGCACAUUCCUUCUCUAUCCAUUCAUUCAAAUGUUGAUAUUAGCGCAUAUAUCCUUCCAUUUUAUAGGGGGCUCCUUUUUAAUUAUCCACAUUGAGCUCCUCCGAUCCCUCUUUCAGAGUCUGCGCCAUGCCAACCUCCCGUCCGCAACGAGACCACACGCUGGACCUUCCCGACGACUGCCUGGCCCUCGUGGUCGGCUCCCUCGGCCCCCGCGACCGCAACCGCUGCGCCCUCGUCUGCCGCCGCUGGCUCGCCGUCGAGGCCCGAAGCCGCUGCCGCCUCGUCCUCGACGCCCGUGCCCCCCUUCUUGAGGCCGCCCCCGCCCUCUUAGCCCGCUUCGACGCCGUCUCCAGCCUCUCCCUCCGCUGCGAUCGCUUCUCCGACAGCAUCGGCGAUGACGCCCUCGACCUCAUCGCCCGCCGAUGUCCUGCCCUUGCCCACCUCAAGCUCCGGGCCUGCCACCGCGUCACCGACCUCGGCAUGUCCGCCCUCGCCUCUCACUGCCCCGCCCUCCGCCGCUUCGCUUGCUCUUCCUGCUCCUUCGGCCCUGCCGGUAUCGACGCCGUCCUCCGAGGCUGCCCCUUCCUCGAGGACCUCUCCUUCAAGCGCCUGCGAGGUCUCGCCGACGCGGUCCCCCAGGCCGUCUGUUUCCCGGCCUCCUCUGCCCUCCGCUCCCUCUGCCUCAAGGAUCUAUACAACGCCCAGUGCUUCACCUCGGUAAUCGCCGGCUCCCCUAGCCUCAGAACCCUCAAGAUCAUACGCUGCUCCGGCGAAUGGGAUCCAGUCCUUCAGAAGAUCGCCGGACGGGUUCCCAAACUCGCCGAGGUCCACCUCGAGAAGCUCCAGGUCGCCGACCGCGGCCUUGUCGCCCUCACCUCCUGCCUGGCCUUGGAGGCGCUCCACCUCGUCAAGACCCCCGAAUGCACCGACGCCGGGGUCGCCGCCAUCGCCGAUAACUGCUGCAUGCUCCGGAAGAUCCGCAUCGAUGGGUGGAGAACGAACCGGAUCGGCGACUACGGCCUCAUGGCGAUCGCCAGGGGUUGCCCCCAGUUGCAGGAGCUUGUUCUGGUCGGGAUCAACCCAACGGCUCUAAUAAUCGAGCACAUUGUGAGCAGCUGCCGCAGUCUCGAGCGCUUGGCGCUGUGCGGCUGUAAGACAAUUGGCGACGCUGAGAUCGCGCACAUUGCCACCAAGUGCACGGCUCUGAAGAAGUUGUGCAUCAAAGGGUGCCCUGUCUCUGACCGUGGGCUGGAGGCUCUCGCCCGAGGUUGCCCCAGCUUGAUAAAUGUUAGGAUGAAGAGGUGCCCGCGAGUGACCUGGGAAGGUGUGGAGUGGUUAAUGGCCGCCAGGGGAGGGUCAUUUGCUGUCAGCCUGGAUGCAGUCACGCUGCAGGAGCCGGAUGUGAGCAUGAGCGAGGGUGGGAUGCAGGAAAGUGGGAUCGAAGAGCUUGCGUCUCUCACCGAACACAUUGUGACGUUAGAUCUUCCCUCAAGCAGCAACGAUGAAUCCACUCUCUAACCUCGAGCAUGAGGAGCUUCUUAUCAUCUGUUGGCAGAAAAUAGUCAAGUAGGAGUGACAAUUCUCUUCAGCAUUUAUGCUGGCUAACUGAUGAUGGGAUGGAGAGACAAAUUGGUAUCAGAGGAAAGGUUACCGUGGCUGGUCGUCGUCGUCAACAUGCUUCUAAUAUCGAAGAACAUGCUGCUCAUGAUGUCAUCGAGAUAUUGAAAUCGAUGAGUUGAGGAGCAGGCAUAUACAACCAAGUCCAACCCAUCCAUCCCAACAUCACUAACUUCUCUCAUCGAGAUCAUCGACAUGUUUUCCUUUCUUUGCUAAGAGCUUAAAUCACUUUCACCAAGAGUGCAGUUUUUUUAUGGUUCACUUUCAUCGAAGCAAAACGCCAUUAAAGGCCCUGCCGUGAAACUACUAUGGAAGUCUAGACUUGUUGAUUUUGCCUGGUAAUAUCAGUCAUUAUUUUUCUUACAAAGUAGUUGAGUGAUAUGUUUGGUCAUAUUUCAUCUGGAAAUGAUUUCUUGGGAGCUACACCGGAGAAUUUUUUAUAUUAAAAUUGAUGUGAAGUCCCUUUCCAAUAAUUCAAUUCUUGAUUGUGGCAUCUGAUUCUAUG